GCUCCGCCACUCACAUGCCGCUGAAGGCCUGAAGCUGAUGCUUCGCGUCACCGGUUCUCCUCUGCUUCAACUUUAACCCACCGCCCUCGCUCUCCUUCCCCACGCCCCCCGCCGCGAGAUCCGGCUCCGCGCCCAGAAGCUUCUGGAGGGGCUCGCCGCAUGUGCGCCUGAUCGGCGACCGCCGCCAUGGGCUGCGCUGGAUCCAAACCCAGAGUUGAUGAGAGCGGAAAGAAGCUAAGAAAGCCAAAGCCUUGGAAACAUACUCAACCAUUAACACCAGCUCAACUCAAACAGAUGCGUGAUGAAUUCUGGGACACAGCUCCACACUAUGGUGGCCAGAAAGAGAUUUGGGAUGCGCUUAGGGCUGCCACAGAAGCUGAUUUACCUCUUGCCCAAACAAUAGUGGACAGUGCUGGGGUCAUCGUCUCGAAUUCUGACCUUACGCUUUGUUACGAUGAGAGAGGUGCGAAGUAUGAACUACCCAAGUAUGUUUUGAGUGAGCCAACAAACCUGAUCCCCGUCGGCUGAAUAAGUACUUGCAAGAUGAACAUAGAAUAGUCUCUAGUACAAACAUAUAUACGAGUGUUCGAGAAAGGGAAAAACAGAAAACAGAUCCAUGUAAAUGAUAUAAGAUCGCUUGUUUGGUCGCCUGAUUCAGGGUCAUAUUCACAUCCACGAACUAGAAGUGCUCUAUGGUUAUAUGCUGUUUGCUAAACUGAACCGAUAUUGUCACCGAUUCUGGUCUACUUGCAUGUUUGCACUUACAA